UUCUCAGUUUCUGAAAAUUUCAUUCAGUUGAAUCAGUUCUGGGUUUCAUGAAAUCUCUUCCCGUUGCGCUUCUGAUAAACCUCUAACUUCUUCAAUUCCGGAAAUGCCCCUCCUGAAACCUCAUAUUCCCAAGUCCUCUUCCUUCCCCUGUGCUCCCUCCGACACCCUGCUCGCAGAAAAAGCAAUCACAUACCUCAAACGCCAUCCCCACAAUCUCAAUUCACUAUCUUCCUGUUUUACCCCCGAGGCAGCCUCCUAUUUACUCCAAAAGUCCCAAUUCGACCAGCCCCUAACCCUCAAGUUCCUCAGUUGGGCUCGAAACCAUGGUUUCUUCACCUUCCAAUGCAAGUGCCUCGCCCUCCACAUCCUCACUCGCUUCAAGCUGUACAAGAGCGCCCAAGCCCUCGCCGAGGACGUUGCCGUCAAUUCCAUCGACGACAGGGGCAAUUUGGUCUUUCAGUGCCUCAGUGACUCCUUGCAUAUCUGCAAUUCGAGCUCGGCGGUUUUUGACUUGGUGGUGAAGUCUUACUCUCACUUGAAUUUCAUUGAUAAGGCUCUGAAUAUUGUUCAUUUAGCCAAAGUUCAUGGAUUUAUACCUGGUGUGCUUUCAUAUAAUGCAAUUUUAGAUGCAAUAAUUAGGUCAAAAGGGUCUGUUCAAUUUGCUGAGGAGGUGUUUAGUGAGAUGAUUAGGAAUGGGGUCUCCCCGAAUGUUUAUACUUACAACAUUUUGAUUAGGGGUUUUAGUGGAGCAGGGAAUUUGAAAAUGGGGCUGUACUUUUUUGGUGAAAUGGAAAGAAAUGGAUGUUUGCCGAAUGUGGUUACUUACAAUACGUUGAUUGACGCAUACUGCAAAUUGAAGAAGAUUGAUCAGGCAUUUGAACUGUUGAGAUCGAUGGCGUUGAAGGGUUUGGAGCCAAAUUUGAUUUCAUAUAAUGUGGUAAUCAAUGGGUUGUGUCGAGAAGGGAGGAUGAACGAGACAAGUCAGGUUCUCGAGGAGAUGAAAAGAAAAGGUUUUGUUCCUGAUGAGGUGACUUGUAAUACACUUAUUAGUGGGUAUUGCAAGGAAGAUAAUUUUCACCAAGCACUUGUUCUGCAAGAGGAGAUGCGGAGGAAUGGCUUGUCUCCAAAUGUAGUCACUUAUACAGCAUUGAUUAAUGCUAUGUGUAAGGCUAAGAAUUUGAAUCGAGCAAUGGAGUUUUUCGAUCAGAUGCAUGUUAGGGGACUUCGUCCAAAUCAGAGGACGUAUACUACGUUGAUUGAUGGAUUCUCCCAACAGGGGUUCUUAAAUGAAGCUUAUGAUGUUCUGAAGGAAAUGACUGGGAAUGGAUUCUCACCUUCGGUUGUGACUUACAAUGCACUUAUCAAUGGAUACUGCUUAUUGGGGAGGAUGGAAGAUGCCAUUGGAAUCCUACAAGAUAUGACAGGGAAAGGGUUGUCCCCUGAUGUCAUAAGUUAUAGUACUAUUAUAACUGGGUUUUGUCGGCAUCAGGAAUUGGAGAGUGCAUUUAGAAUGAAGCUGGAGAUGGUGGAGAAGGGUGUAUCACCUGAUGCUGUUACCUAUUCAUCACUCAUUCAAGGUGUCUGCCAGCAAAGAAGACUAAUUGAAGCUUGUGAUCUAUUCAAAGAAAUGUUGAGUAUGGGUAUGCCUCCUGAUGAAUUUACAUACACAACAUUGAUCAAUGCUUACUGUGUGGAAGGUGAUUUAAAUAAGGCUCUUCAGUUGAAUGAUGAAAUGAUACAAAAAGGUUUCCUACCUGAUGUUGUUACCUACAGUGUGCUUAUUAAUGGACUUAACAAACAAGCUCGGACGAGGGAAGCAAAGAGGCUUCUGCUCAAGUUGUUCUACGAGGAAUCUGUCCCUGAUGGUGUCACAUAUAAUACACUAAUAGAGAACUGCACUAAUGGUGAAUUUAAGAGUGUGGUAGCCCUUGUAAAGGGAUUCUGUAUGAAGGGUUUGAUGAACGAGGCAGACCAAGUUUUUGAGACAAUGUUUGAGAGAAGACACAAGCCUAACGAAGCAGUUUAUGAUGUUAUUAUUCAUGGUCAUUGUAAGGGUGGAAAUGUUCAGAAGGCAUAUAAUUUGUACAAGGAAAUGUUGCAUUCUGGAUUUGUUCCGCAUACUGUGACGGUUAUUGCGCUGGUUAAAGCACUUUUCACAGAGGGGAUGAACAAUGAAUUGAGUCAAGUCAUAGGGAACACACUGAGAAGCUGUCAGCUUUCUGAUGCUGAACUUGCAAAACUACUUGUUGACAUCAACCAUAAAGAAGGAAAUAUGAAUGAAGUUUUUAAUGUGCUUAGUGACAUGGCUAAGGACGGCCUCCUUCCAAAUAGUGGGGUAAGAGCUUCUGCAGGGGGAUAAAUAAUGGCAAACAUUAUCUUAUUAUAGGGAGAAAAAAUGAUGGAAAACGUUCAAGCUGAUUGCAAUCUUUUUGGCCGGCAAAGUCAAUGAUGAAUAGCAUGUCGAAAUGCACAAUCACCUUGAUUGUCAUUAUUGUCAGAUAAAAUACUUCAGUGCUAUAGUGGCUUGCUCAAAUGAGUCUGAAGCAAUUGGAAGUGACACUUUUGGCUCUUAUACAGAACAAGAAGAUGAACUUCUUCUUCAAGAAAUGGGAAAGAAGACAAAACUGUAGGGGCAAUAUCUGCCAUGUUUAUGGAGAACAAAAUGUGGUAGCAGAUGCUCUUUCCUGUUUGGGAUCUCUCUUAUUGUUUCCGUUUUUGUAUUUUGGAGUCUUGCCCUCCUCUAGUGUUGCAAGCCUUGUGGCUGAGGAUGCUUUUGGUUUCCCGUGCCUAGGGACGUCCUAGCCCUAGUAAUGGUCUUUCUUGUUGUAAUCGAGGAUGCUUUCCAAUCACAAUACCAUUCAAGAACUCUUUGUAUUCCACUGAGGAUGAGAAUUCCCAGUUGAAAGCCUUUGAUUUUGGCUUAUCAGAUUUUGCCAAACCAGAUGAGAGGCUGAUGUUUGGAGUAUAGGUGUAAUAUCAUAUAUUCUUUUAUGUGAUAGUUGCCCAUUUUGGGCACGGACUGAGUCUGGGACUUUUCGGGCGGUGUUGAAAGCUGAUCCCAGAUUUGAUGAAGCACUUUGGCCUUCUUUAUCUCUUGAAACAAAGGAUGUUGUUAAAUGCUUGUUGAACAAGGACCCUCAGAAAUGAAUGACUGCAUAGCAGGCUUUAAGUCAUCCUUGGAUGAGGAAUUAUAACGAUGUAAAAGUGCCUCUUGAUAUUUUAAUAUUUAGACUCAUGAAGGCUUAUAUGUGAUCGUCAUCCCUUUGAAAGGCUGCUUGAAGGGCCUUAUCUUAGACAUUGACUGUAGAUCAUUCUUUUAUCUGAAGGAGAAGUUUGCACUAUUGGAUCUCAUUGCAUCGCUAAAUGGACUUCAAUACAGAAGAAUGGAUUUUGAAGAGUUCCGUGCCACUGCAUUAAGUGUUCAUCAGCUUGAGGCACUUGAUCGUUGGGAACAAAAUGCUCGAUGUGCAUGUGAACUUUUUGAGAAGGAUGCAAAACAGAGCAAUUGUCAUUGAAGAACUUGCUUCAUGGAAGGUACUCCAAACUUUCAACAGACUUAUCAUCAUCAUGUAGACCAGUUUCUUCAAUCUGGGUUUUUGGGCAGGGUGGAAAAUACUCCAAACUUUCAACAGACUUGUCAUCGUCUUCUUCAUUAGUUUCUUCAAUCUGGGAUUUUUAAUCUCUAUGCCGCUUUCAUCAAAUAUCAAAAUGUGGAAUUUUGAGUUCCCUUCGUAUGGGAAAACUAAGCAUUUGCCAAAUUGCCAUAUUCAAGAGAGUGAAACUCUGAGAACUCUGGCCAACCAUUUUCAAACCAAACCUCACUAUUACAUCUUCUGAGUUUGAUUUUCCAUUCUGAACCACUUGGGAACUCAAGUUGUAUUUGAUCUGAUAGAUGCUAUCCAUAUUUGUCCAGAAAUGU